CAUUCAGCUAGAUUGUUUGAAUUGUAGACGGUAAGACUAGUGACACAAAGACGACGUUAAAUAUCGCCGUCCUGUGUUUUCCGGACCGUACCGGGGAUACCUUCAUGAACUGAUAUGUAGAUGAAUGUCACCAUGGCUUUCCCUGGAGGAACCAGUCUAGGACCAGGUUUCAUAGGCCCAUCUUCAAAUGGACUACCCCUUCUCACGUCUACUGAUACCAUGGGACAGUUCGCGGGCCUGGGCUUGGGUCUUGGCCAACCGUCUGGAUUGGGCCUGAGCCAGGGCCUGGACCAGAGACCCGUCACUCACUUGAACCAGGAGACGGAACUGCAGAAGAUGUUGACUGAUGAGAGGAUGAGAGGAGAGAUGCACAAGACAAAUUAUCAGAUGAUCAAGGCUGAACACACAAAAUUACAGGAUGAAAAUAGCAGAUUGCAGAGGGAACUUGAGCAAGUUACAGCAGAUUGUCAGGUCAUGGAGGAAAGGCUUCAGGAAGGAGUCAACAAAAUUAACAGGGAAUUGGCAAUCAAAUGUGCUGAACUUGAAGAAUUCAGGGCACAGGCUCUUACACUAGACAAGUUGGAGCUGAUCAAACUGAAAAUAGCUGAAGAUCUUGAGCAGCCAUUUCGAGAACGUUUUACCCAGCUGGAACAAGAUGUGGAGCAUUACAGGACUGAAUUUAACAAGCUGCGUUAUGAAAAUUCAUUCAUUAAGUCAGAGUAUGAACACGAGCAGGCAGAGCAUAAGAGAGUUGUGGAGGAGAUUAAAAUGCAGUAUGAAACAGAGAUAAAAAAUCUUCAUAGGGAUAAAGAGGCCAUAGUAGCCAAGUACAGUCAGGAGAACUCACAUGACAGUGACAAGGUCCGUACUCUAUACAGGGACAAUGCACAACUCAACCUCAAGGUCAAGGGCCUGCUAACAGAGUUAGAUGAGAUACGAGCCCAGCGAGAGCAAUCUGGUCUACAGUCGGACCAUGUAUCAAGGUUACAAGCUAGACAACUAUCGGAACAUGCUACUAAUAUCAAGGCGCUUCAGAGUGAGAAGGAGUCACUUCAGCUCCACAUGGAGCAGCUCACCAAGGAGCUUGGGAUCUCUCAGGACACCCAUCGGAGUCUAACUACAAAGACCCACGACCUGGAGAAACAGAACAUGGAGCUACGCAAUCGCAUGGAGGAGACCCUGCACAGAAAUAAGAUGGAGAUCACUGAUCUUAAGAUGGCCGCUAUGAAGACAGGGGGAGAGUUGGAGAGGGAGAAAGACGGUCUUGUCAAUGAAUUGGAAGGUUUGAAGGCCAAGCACGAGGUGUUAGAGAAGUCCCUUGAUGCCCAGACCAAUGCCGUUGCUGACAAGGAGAGGGAGGUGGCUAGAAAGGUACAGUCAGUUCGAGAAGAAGAAUGGGACAGGAUCAACAAGCUAGAAGGAGAAAAGUUGGAAUUGGAGGGUCGUCUGCAGGAAUUUGAGAGGCUAAAGAUAGACGAGGAAUCCCAGAGAUAUGCAGACAAAGAAAACGGACAAGAAAGAAUCAGAGAAGCUGAGAAACGAUGUGAACAAGCUGAAAGAGACCUGCAGCUUAUAAAAACAAAAUUAGAGCAUCAUAAUACAUCGUUGAAAGAUCUGGAACAUGAGCAAACCAUCAGCACACAGCUGAGGGAGAAGUGCACAAGGCUGAAGGCUGAGCUACAGGAUACACAUGCAGCAGAACAAGAACUCCUGAUGGAAAAUGAUAAUAUCAAAGCAUCUUUGGAGAUGUAUCAGAAUGAGUUAGUCUUGGCCAAGGCUGCGAUGGAAAAAGAAUCAGAGCUGUCCAAUCAGAGGCUGUCCCAGCACAAGAUGACGUGGCUAGAUGAGAAGACACAGCUGGAACGAAGACUAGAUGAGCGGGAAGGCCAGGCAAGGCAAGCUCAGAAGCAGAGGGAUGAUACCACCAAUGCACAUGCAAAGAGAAAGCAGAAAUAUCAGAAAGUGGUCAACAAGCUUCAAGAUAAAAUGCAACUUCUGGAGGCCAAAAAUGAGCAACUAGAAUUGGAGAAACAAGCAUUGAAGAAUCAGAUACCCAAAGAGACGUACACCAAAGCAGUAAGAAAGUUAAGGGAACUCCAGCGCAGGCACAAUGAAUUCCGGAACGUACUGAGUUCAGCCAACGUGUCCCAGGUACCCUUGGGAGGAGUAUCUUUCAUGACUCCGUCUAUGACACAACCCUUGGAUGCCUCUAGUCCAUUUAAAACAACACAGCCAAUCCGGUUUCAAAUUCCACAAAUCCAAAUACAUCCAGUAUCGACCAACAAGAUGGGGCACCAUCAUGAUCUCUCGGUGAUCCGUAGCCGCCUUGAGGAGCUUAGUGACAACCAGAGGCUACAGAUGGAUGCCCUGCUGGGGGGAGUAGGGGGAGGGGGUGGAGGGAUGGGGAGUGUACCCCUUACAGCUAGAUCUGAGAUGGACAAGGAGAAUGAGGACCGCGCCUUAUCACCAGAAGGGAGUGGCAUGGAUGUCCUUGAUCUUUAGUGACAACCAGAGGCUACAGAUGGAUGCCCUGCUGGGGGGGAGGGGGAGGAGGAGGAGGAGGAGGGGGUGGAGGGAUGGGGAGUGUACCCCUUACAGCUAGAUCUGAGAUGGACAAGGAGAAUGAGGACCGCGCCCUAUCCCCAGAAGGGAGUGGCAUGGAUGUCCUUGAUCUUUAGUGACAACCAGAGGCUACAGAUGGAUGCCCUGCCUGGGGGAGUAGGAGGAGGAGGGGGUGGAGGGAUGGGGAGUGUACCCCUUACAGCUAGAUCUGAGAUGGACAAUGAGAAUGAGGACCGUGCCCUAUCCCCAGAAGGGAGUGGCAUGGAUGUCCUUGAUCUUUAGAUGCAAUGUCCAAACUUUGAAGAAAAAGGAAGCUUAAUGAAAGUAUGGAGUGCCCUCGUGAAGAAUAGCAUAAGGCACAACACUUGAACUUUUAAAUUCAAUCACCUUGAUUUAUCAAAUGAAUUUGAUUUUAGACCUGAAAUUCUCUUACCAGAUAAAAGCUAUAAAGACUUGAAUAUACAUGUAUGUUAUACCGGAUAUCAGAUGCGUUUUAUUUAUUGAAAAUGAUUUUGUGGUAGUUAUUGUGUGUACCGUCCUAAUAAUUAUAUCUAUGAAUAAGUGAUGCAUGACAUAUCUAAUACUAUUGCUUUGAUGCAUGCAGCAUACCUGCCAACCCUUACAAAUAAUCCGGAAUAUUCGGUUUUUCUGGAUUUUUUUUGUUUUGUUGCUUAAGCCUAUAAUUAAGUUUGUUUUAUCAUGUGCCACAAUGUGAGAGUUCACAUAUUGCGUGCAUGAUUGAGCAGCAAAUUUGUAUUCACUUUUUUGCUCAGAUUUACCGCGUAUUGCCAGUUACACAGCCGCUGCAUGUGCGUACGCCUGUUAAGGGUACAGAUUUCUUAUUUUCAAAGACUUACCGUGCUAAACAUUCCUAAUUCUCAUUUUCAAAUGUUGGCAGGUAUGAUGCAGUAUGAAAGCAAGAUAACCGUGUAUUGUAAAACCCUAUUAGGCAAGAGAUAUGGGCUAUAUAUUUUGAAUUGAUACAAAAUUGCCAGGUCAAGGAAGUGUGACUUCAAGAUUGGGGAAGGUUUAUAGAAACAAGUAGAUGUUACAUCACAUAAUUUCAAUGUUGGCUUAGACUUGUUAUUCAGUAUCUAAAGCUCACACCUUUAGUAAUUGACAGUCUUGAAUCAAACGAUUCUCUCACUUUCUCUCUUUUCAUAGAAAAAAAUACUGUUUUCCUGAACUCAUGCCAAUGCAUCCUGAGACAAACAUGAAUAACAGACAAGUUCAUGUGACAUAUGUGGUUUCCUUCCAAGUAAUAUUGAUCUAAGAUAAGAUUGAUAUACAUUGGCCUCUUUAUUUAAAUGUAUGCGCAAUCUGUAAUUAGCUAUGACAGCAACUAACUACUGACAACGAUUUUGAUAAUUGAUACUGCAGAUUUUAAAAAUGAAAAAAAUGUACCUAUUUGUACUUCCUCAUAAUGUUAUUGUAUGCUGCAGUUUUUACUCCAAACAGUAAAGCAUGAGACUUUUGCAGUUUUUAAAAAGGGAAUAUACUCUCAGUGCUCUUACAAAAUGUGUACCGGUAAUGUGAAUAGCAGAUUUUUACUGUGUAUGAAUGACUAUUUAUUCUGUAAAUAUUGAAUUUUUUUACUGACAAACUACUGUGUUUUAAAUUAUAAUUUGUACAUAUAGUCACCGUUAAUAUAUUUUAAAAGGUAAUUUGCAUAUUAAUUAGACAGGAGAUGAAACACUGAGGAGACAUUUUUUUUUCUUCAAAAUAGUUAUAGCAGGGGCUGCGGGGCCUUCUACAAGUACUGUAUAUAAAGUGUUGGUUGCUUUCAAUUUUGAUGAAAUAUGCUUCAAUCCAGGUUAUUUUUAGAAUACUCAUCAUUCUUGUGUUAGUGACAACAAAAUUAAAAUUCCUGAACAUUGUGAAAGUGAAAAUUUGUUCUUCAAAAUCAGUAGAAAUUUUCAUUUUUGCAGUAAGCUUUUACUUGCUGUGCUGCAAGCUUCUUCGGACCUUUGUCAUAGCUGGCGCUGUUGCUUACGCAGUUUAACGAAAGUCAUGGUUUAACCGAAAAGGUCCAGGUUGAGGCACAAAAUCUUUAAUUUGGUAUUGACAUGAAUAUCACGUUGCCUUAUCUUUAGAUAAUUGUAGGAUAUAAUGGCAGAAAAGAUAUCAAAUAUACAAUUUUUUCUAACUUCAUUCAAUCAUAGAUAUUUCCAUCAUGUGGAUAUUUUCUUACUUGGAAAGUUGGCUGUGGCUUCUUAAACUCCUUUGGGGUUAGAAAUCAUCCUACAGUAUCACUAUAAAAUCAUUUACAUUUGAAGCCAAAAAAGGAAUUGGCAUUCUCUCCAAACUUGAAUUUUGAAAAUGUAAUAUUGUGUAACAGAUGUGCCAAACUCUGAAUGGACCAUUUAAGCUGAAAACACAAUACCAGUGGAAUGUAGGCUUACAUAGUAUUUUAGCCAUAUGAUCAAGGAACACAAUAAUGUACAUAGACUUGUUUUUAUAUAUUAUCACAAUAAGAAUAUAAUGUGCUUUUGUCAUUUUAUCACAUUGAUAUGCAUAAAACAACUGCCAUGAUACACCAAGAAAA